CUCAGUUUUUUCAUUUGCGCUUGCUCGCAAUGUGUUGCUUGCGCUCACAACAUUCUCUGCUGCGAGCGCUCAACUCUCUGUACACCGUUAUAAGUGUGCCACAAAACCAACCAAUCACAGACUUGGUUUCAAAAAUUCUGAUUGGCUCUUACGGUCUCCAAUCAGCUCGCUAGCUGCUGCAUUCCGGACACCGGAAACACUGUCCACUCAGCCUCGCUUCUUGCAGAUAGAGGGAGUUUUGAUUUACUCUGCAGCCAAAGAAGAGAUGGCAGAAUCAAAUAAUGGCUCCAAUAAUACUACACCACAGUAUCAGGGUAAUGGUGCAGUUGAGUCAGCAGUAUGAAAUCUGGUGUCUUUGCUGCUUAACAACAUAUCCACAAAUCCUUCAGGGAGGCCAACAGAGAGUGGGCAGCCGGAGCCUAGAACUCUGACUAUCCAGCAAGAGAUGACAAGAUCAUUUCCAGGACAUUUCAAAUCAAACUUGAGCCGUGGUAAAAAGAGAUGUUUAACAUCUACUAAACAGCUUGUCAAGGCAGGCAGUAAGACCACAGGCCUCAGUUUUUAUUUGCUGUCAAAAAACACAUCCUACACUCCUUUGCCAGCUGAGGAGCUUGAACUCCUACAAGCUGGCAUGGGGAGACAAACCGUGUCUCUUCCAGAAGAUGGUGACCAUGCAGAGAUUUCAAGACUUCUGGAAGAAACCUUUCCAAAAAUGGAAUAUCUUUGUGGAGGAUGGCUCUUGCAUAAGGCAACAGGUGGGAGUGGUCGACGAAAGCUCACUGUAAUUCCACCUGAAACAGAAGGAUAUUCUGUCAAAACACUGAAAGCUGUGUCAGGAGGUGGCAAAUCCACUUUUUACAUUGUACCUCUUCAGGAAACAUUAGACACAUCUCCUCUACCUCCCGACUCACAGCACUUUUCAAAGAUGCCAAAGAAGUUAUGUUACCAGUGUAAUGAAGUUAUGCCUCUGCAGAUGCUUGCAGUACACAUCAAUACGUGCAAAGGAAAAUUCUCUCCUGAUGAGACUGAUGAUGAGGAAUUAUUUAUGCAUUGUGAAAAGCAAAUGCAAGGUUAUUUGUCCAAUAUGCACUAAGGACUUUCCUGAAGAUGAGAUCACAGUCCACGCAAGUCUGUGUGGGGAUAGCUUUCAAUGCAUGGUGCCUGAAGAAAAUGACCAAACUACAUGCACACCAACUCAAACUUCAGUAUGCACAACAGACAGCGUGGAAGAUGUAUUGCGUUGCCUUGAACAACAAGUCGACACCACAACAGAAUUUAAGUUGUGUGUGGACAGAGAAGACCUUCCAGACAGAGGCAUUCUCCAGUGGCAGAGAAAAAAAUCUGCAUCUCCCACCAGUGUUCUUAGGGUGGUUUUCAUUGGAGAGGCAGGCGUGGAUACAGGAGCACUUAGGAAAGAGUUUUUGAGUGACAUGAUUUCAGGUAUUGAAAGCAGAUUCUUUGAAGGACCUGAGAACAAGGGCAAAAACCCCAAGUAUUCUCUGACCGAUCUUGAUAAUGAAAACUUCAGAACUGUUGGUGAAAUAAUUGCAGUCAGCCUCGCCCAAGGAGGCCCAUCUCCUGCCUUUUUCAAAGAAUGGUGCUACAAUUUCCUCUGCUCAGGAGAGGUUGAUUUCAGCUGUCUGUCUAAGGAGGAUGUUGCAGAUGUGGAAUCUUCCCUGCUCAUCAGCAAAGUUGAAGAUGCAGCAGACAUACAGUCUCUGAUGUUGUGGGCUGAUGAAAUUGUCACCUGUGGAUACACAAACCAGAUAAAGAUGGAUAGUAAGGAAAGCAUGAUACGUGCCAUUGUCUUACACUCUACAACAAGACUGAUUCCAAUGCUACAGCAGCUCAGAAAGGGCAUGGAACUGUAUGGUCUUGUGAACCUGAUGGCUGUAAAUCCUGAAGCUUGCCACAGUUUGUUUGUGCCUGGGAAAAUCCUCAAACCAGACGCUGAUUUCAUUAUGAUGAGCUGCCAACCACAUUUCAGUGAAAAGGGGACAUCUAGGGAGAGAACUGAGAGGAAGAUCAUAAAUUUUUGCAAGAUUUCUUGCAGGAGAUUGAAGCAUCAGAAAAGACUUCAGAAACAUUUUCAAACAUCACAGAUGGAAACACAGGCGGUGCAGGUGGUGAAAAAUCAGAGUCUCUUGCUGUCCAGCAUGUGCUCCAGUGGAUGACCGGCCAGUCCCAUGUUCCCAUCCUUCCUGAUGAAAAGAGACAUUUCAAAAUAACAUGCAAGUUUGACCACGAAUGUAAGGAGCGGCUGGGAGA